AUGUCUGAACGACUCGUGUUCUACGAAGCCUCGUGCAGUGCUUACGCACAAAGAGUCAGAAUCGCGCUUCAUGAAGCGAACGCCAAAUACACAUCUUUUGAGAUCGAUACAUUCAACAAACCCACAUGGUUCACAGAGAAGAUCAAUCCUAUAGGGAAAGUUCCUGCAAUGACCUACGGAGGCCCAGACGUCCCACCAGACCAACCCUCUCCCGACUCGGUCAAGCUCGCUGAAUCGCUCAUCAUCGCAGAGUUCAUCGCCGACCUGUAUCCCGACUCUGGUCUUAUGCCCCGCGACCCUGUUCAACGCGCCCAGGUCCGGCGUUUUAUCGACGUCGUCGACACAAAGUUCGCGCCUGUGAUCGGGGCCUGGUUCUACCAAGGCACUCCGUGGGAAGGGAUCAUCGAGGGCGCGAGAGCGCUACAGGAUCUCCUCCCAGAUGGCGCCGCGUUCGCAGUUGGAGACCGUCCGACGCUGGCGGAUAUCGCAUUCGCCCCUUUCUAUUCCAUUCUCCAAGUCAUUUCAGACGGGGACAUUUAUUUACAUGAAGCUGCGAAACCGAGGGAUGUUGCUGAGGCGCUCAACUCGUCAGAGUUGGCGAGGCUCAGAAAGUACGCUAAUGGGCUGCUAGCGCGACCCAGUUUCAAGGCUGCUGUCGACCAGGUAUGUAAUUGCGCACAGGGGGUCUUUGAUAAGAAAAUCCUGACUAGUGUUGCAGGAGCGACAGGAGAGAUGGCUCAGAGACCUUCUCGCUUGGGCCCGCACAAGUAA